AUGGCACCCACCCACAACCUCUUCCGCGCGGCGCGGCCCGCGUUCCGCAACAGCAGCCAGUUCUUCCGGUCGAACCUGCGCCCUAACAACACGUCCAAGCGGUGGCAGUCGUCGUCAUCGUCGUCGUCGACAGCUGGCGCCGCGCCCGAGUCGUUUGCGAAGCGCAUGUGGAACAGCCCCAUCGGCGUCAAGACGGUGCACUUCUGGGCACCCGUGAUGAAAUGGGCGCUGGUGCUCGCGGGCGUCUCCGACUUUGCGCGCCCCGCCGAGAAGCUCUCGCUGACGCAGAACGUGGCCCUGACCCUGACGGGCCUGAUCUGGACCCGCUGGUGCUUGAUCAUCAAGCCCAAGAACUACCUCCUCGCCGCCGUCAACUUCUUCCUCGGCCUCGUCGGCGUCGUGCAGGUCAGCCGCAUCGUCAUGUGGCAGCAGUCACAAAAGACCCUCCCGGCCAAGCUGGAGGAGGCGGUCAAGCAGUAG